CAGGACCCAGAAAAAUGUCGACCACACUUCUGUCAGCCUUCUACAACUUCGAUUUCUUGUGCAAGACGGACAUCCUGGCCAACCUCAAUCUGAACACCAUGCUGGACAAGAAGGCGGUGGGGACGCCCGUGGACGCCCCCCGCUCGACCUUCGCGCCUGGCUUCCUCCCACCGCAUUCGGGCAGCAACCUGCACUCGCUGGCCCAGCCCGCGCCCAGCCCCGGCAGCUGCUCUCCCAAGUUCCCCGGCGCCCCAGCGGGAAGCGCGGGCCCCUAUGCGCCCCUCAAGGAGCCGCCGGGGGGCGGCAGCACGGUGCUGCUCAACAAGGAGAAUAAGUUCCGGGACCGCUCGUUCAGUGAGAAGGGCGAGGGCAGCCAGCACCUCCUGCACCUGCGGCAGCAGAAGGGCAGCGGAGGCGGCGGCGGCUCGCAGAUCAACCUCACGCGUUACAAGACGGAGUUGUGCUGGCCUUUCGAGGAGAACUGUACUUGCAAGUACGGCGAGAAGUGCCUGUUCGCGCACUACUUCCACGAGCUGCGCAGCCUCACGCGCCACCCCAAGUACAAGACGGAGCUGUGCCGCACGUUCCACACCAUCGGCUUCUGCGCCUACCCGCCCCGCUGCCACUUCAUGCACAACGCGGACGAGCGACAGCCCGUCGGGAACUGGGGCGCCUCAGGGGCCGGGAACCUGCGCGGCGGGCUGGGCACCCGCGAUGCGCUGCCGCUGGGCUUCCCGCGCGGGCCGCAGCCUAAGCUGCACCACAGCCUCAGCUUCUCGGGCUUCCCUACCGGUCACCAGCAGCCCGCGGGAGGCCUCAAGUCGCCCCUGCUGCUCCACAGCCCCCGCCGCCUUCCAUAA